UGGACAGCGGUGGAGACGUGGAAUUCAGUCCGUCUGCUGCUGGGACAAAUUUCACUCACAUCACACAAACACACGGAUUUUAUAAAGUUAUACUGUGAAUUCACUUCAGCACACGGGUUUAUGCGUGGAUGGAACUGUGCAUGACUGGCAGAAGCACGAAAAGUGAAGGAUGAAGUUAAAAGAAAUUAACCGAACAGCCAUCCAGGCGUGGAGUCCAGUGCAGCAACACCCUGUAUAUCUGGCAGCAGGUACCUCGGCUCAACAGCUCGAUGCAACUUUCAGCACCAAUGCAUCACUGGAGAUCUUUGAAUUGGAUCUGGCUGAGCCUACUUUGGCCAUGAAGUCAUGCGGCUCUUUCUCCUCUCCACACAGAUACCACAAGCUUGUGUGGGGUGCUCAUGGCAUUGAAGCCGAGGGUUUGCCGUCAGGCGUUCUCAUUGCUGGAGGGGAAAAUGGAAACAUUAUCCUCUACGAUGCUUCAAAAAUCAUUGCUGGUGACAGUGAAGUGAUCAUUUCACAGAGUGAGAAACACACAGGGCCAGUCAGAGCUCUCGACGUCAACUCAUUUCAGGCAAACCUUGUGGCCUCUGGAGGAAAUGAGUCAGAAAUUUACAUUUGGGAUUUGAACAACUUCAGCUCGCCGAUGACACCAGGACCAAAAACACAGCCUCUAGAGGACAUCAGCUGUGUUGCGUGGAACAGACAGGCGCAGCACAUCCUGGCCUCGGCCACUCCCAGUGGAAAAGCCUCAGUGUGGGAUCUAAGAAAAAACGACCUGAUCAUCAAAAUCAGCGAUCACAGCAACAGGAUGCAUUGUUCUGGUAUGGCCUGGAACCCAGAAGUGGCCACUCAGUUGGUUCUGGCUUCUGAAGAUGACCGCAUGCCUGUCAUCCAAAUGUGGGACCUGCGCUUUGCCACCUCUCCUCUCAAAGUGCUGGAGAACCACACUAGAGGUGUGCUGUCCAUAGCGUGGAGUGUAGCAGAUCCAGAGCUGCUCUUGAGCUGUGGAAAAGAUAACAGAAUACUGUGCUGGAACCCAAACACAGCUGAGGUCCUGUAUGAGCUGCCUACCAGUGCUCAGUGGUGCUUUGAUAUCCAGUGGUGCCCAAGAAACCCAGCUGUGCUGUCUGCUGCGGCCUUUGAUGGACACAUCAGUAUCUAUUCUAUCAUGGGAGGAAGCAAUGAUGGUGCCAUUAAUGCCCAAGCUGAUCAGUUAAGUAGCUCAUUUGGAAAUAUGGAUCCCUUUGGCACAGGGAAGACACUACCUCCAUUACAACUGCCUCAACCAACUACCACCCAAAGUGCCAUCACACCUCUGAAGAAACCCCCCAAAUGGAUACGUAGACCAGUCGGAGCAUCUUUUGCUUUUGGUGGAAAACUAGUCACUUUGGACAACAUAAAGCCAACAGGCCAGAAGCCCGUGCAAACUGCUGCCCAUGUUGUUCACAUCAGUCAGGUUGUGACAGAAACGGAUUUCCUGGAUCGUUCAAACCAACUUCAGGCUACCCUCACUGCAGGAAACUUUCUGGAGUACUGCCAGACAAAGAUUGAAGCUGCUCAGAAUGAGUCUGAGAAAACUGUAUGGUCUUUUCUGAAGGUCAAAUUUGAAGUAGAUGCACGAGGGAAAUAUUUGGAACUUCUGGGAUAUAAGAAGGAUGAACUAGCCCUAAAGAUUGGGUCAGCAUUAGAAGGAAAUUGCAAAUCUGAUGAUGUCAAUGUGGUUGAGGACAAUAGCCUUGUAGAGGAGCAAGCAGAAUCCCCUGAGGCAGAGACAUCUGACCUAGAUGAGAUUCCUGUUGAUGAGGAAGAACCUGUUGUUCAGGAUAUGUCCAUCAUUGAAGAUACUUCAGCUCCUGCCUCAGACACUGUUACAGUCCCCGCAGUUAGUCUCAAAGUCAGCCAGGAUAUCGAUGGACUGAUCACUCAAGCACUGCUCACUGGGGAUUAUGAAUCCGCUGUCAAUCUCUGUCUCCAUGACAACCGAAUGGCGGACGGCAUCAUUCUGGCUAUUGCUGGUGGUCCAGAACUUCUGGUGAAGACUCAGAAGAAAUACUUCAAAAAAUCUCAGAGUAAAAUAUCCAAGUUUAUUAGUGCAGUGGUAAUGAAAGACUGGUUGGACAUUCUGGAGACGUGUGACCUUCAGAACUGGAAGGAAGCUUUAGCUGCAGUCAUGACCUACGCCAAACCAGAGGAGUUCUCCUCUCUAUGCGGUCUGCUGGGCACCAGGCUGGAAUCUGCUGAUGACACUGAACUGCAAACGCAGGCGUGUCUCUGCUAUGUCUGCGCUGGCACAGUAGAGCAGCUGGUUGCAUACUGGGCCAAAGCUCAGGACUGUAACAAACCGCUGUCACUGCAGGAGCUGGUGGAGAAGGUGAUGGUCCUGCAGAGAGCUGUUCAGAAGGCUCAGGGUGUUGCAUCUCCUGAUGUGGGAGCACUCCUGGCAGAGAAGAUGAAUCAAUAUGCCAGUCUUCUGGCAUCUCAGGGCAGCUUACAGACCGCCAUAUCAUACCUGCCCACCAAGACUGAACAUGUUGCUGUGCAGCAGUUGCGAGAUCGCCUGUGCAGAGCUCUGGGUCAGCAGCAGUCUGCAGCUGUGAUGCAGAACACUCAGCCUCCAGCUCCAAUGCAGACAUGCUCACCGGUACAACCUCAGCCUCCACAGGUCAUCACACAGCCCACUGCUCCGGCUGUACCCCCUCAGUAUUACCAACAGGGUAGAUCUGCCACUACUGUCACAUCUUGGAGUAACCAAACUCCAACAGCUCUGCCCAGUGUCCCUUGCCCGCUCGUGUCCGCUGCUGACCCACAGACUGAGCCCACAUCUCCAGCCUUUGCUCUUCAGCCGGCAGUGAAUGCGAGUGUUCCUUCCUCCACUCCAUUCAUGUACUCCCAGCAGUACCAGAACUACCCUCCUGUUCAGCAGUUCACACCAGUCGUCUAUCAACCUGUCCAGUACUCUCCCACUGCGGCUUCUCCUCUUCCUCAUCCACCUUCUUCCUCCUCCUCCUCUGCUGCUUCCAACUAUCAUCCACAGUUCAUGCACCCUGCUGUCUCUCAGCCUCCUCCCCAGGGAGGUCAGCCUUUCUCUCCUCCUCCUCUCUCCUCUGGAAUGUCUUUCCAGCAUGGUGGGCCGGGCUCGCCCACAGACUAUCUUCCUCCUGCAGUGCGCAGAGCUUCAGGUACAGAGAUUGACCCUGCACUGAUCCCAGCCUCACAGAGAACAGGAGGAUUAAACCAAAACACAACCUGGUCUUUGGAAGGACCCCAAAAUGGAUGGAACGACCCCCCCAACCUCAUCAGAGCACCCAAGAAGAAGAAGAUUCCAGAAAACUACACUCCACCAGCCCCCAUCACAGCACCCAUAAUGACCCUUCUAGGGGACCCUAAUGCACAGGUGGCCCCUGGUACACUGAACAAUGAACCUCAACAGCAAGUUCCAGUUCAGCCUGCGGUCCCGGCCCCCUUUAACCCCACACAACAGCAGUCAAUGGGAUCCCCAACCCAAUAUCCCCACCUGCCACAGGUGCACAUGGAAGGUGCGCCUGGAGCACCAAUUGGAGAUCUCAUAAAGCCACCUCAGACCAUACCCACUGAGAAGAUCACUAAGAAGCCAAUCCCGGGAGAGCACAUGGUUCUGAAGACCACAUUUGAGGGACUGAUCCAGAAGUGCUUGGCUGCAGCCUCAGACCCGCAAACAAAGAGGAAGUUGGAUGAUGCUCAUAAGAGGCUAGAGUUCCUCUAUGACAAGCUUAGAGAACAAACUCUUUCUCCAGCUAUUAUUGGUGGUCUACACAAUAUGGUCCGCAGCAUCGAGUGCCGCUCCUACACGGACGGACUCAACAUCCACACGCACAUCGUGAGCAACAGCAACUUCAGCGAAACCUCCGCCUUCAUGCCAGUCCUGAAGGUGGUGCUAACACAGGCCAACAAACUGGGGGUUUGACAUCCUAAAAGUCUCAAACGCACACACACACACACACACACACACACACACACACACAAACA